AUGGGUCUUCCAAGGCACGUUGACAUCCGUAGUAUUCAUGGCCGACGGGUUGGGAUCGAUCAUUACGUCACUCGUCUGCGUUCUCUAGCCGUCAGGCGUGGGGCCUGCUUCCUGUUGCUUUAGUCACUAUUUUUUUUAUUACAUUCUUACCCUUCACGUAGGGUCCCCUCCACAGUCUAGUAUCCCUGGUUUCGGAAAUAUGUUCAGAAAAGCCCCUCUCCUUAGUGCAAUUACACCGGCAACCGAGUUUCCCGUCCGAGUGAUCCGAGUCGACCCCGCUCCAUUAAAACCCGGAUGGCACCAGAGCAACGGACCACCUCAUGACGUGGACGUGGAGUCCGCGUACUGUUUUCAUUAUUUUAAAGGUUUUUCGAAAUUAUUUUAUAUUUAAUGGGUUUUCAUUUUCAGAGCGAACAGAGGAUAUUAAUAUUUAUUGCUUUUUCUUUAAAAUAUCCGGGGACGCGUGUUUUUUCUACCUCAUAAGUUGGCAGCGAGUGACGACUGAGUUGGAAGCGAGUGUGUGACCGAGUCGUGUCGGCUGAACUUGGAGAAGUGUGAGAAGGGCAGAAUCGGAAGGGACAGAAAGAAUAACGGUAAUAGAAUACAGCUCAUCGUAUGGAAAUAGGCGGCGCCCGUGGCGCCGUGGGGGGUGAUGCUGUUCCUGAGGGUGGCGGCGCCGCCACGGUAAAGGAAGAGCUUCACGGGUCAUCCGCCGGUCCACUCCCAACUACUCUUUCUACACGCCUCCGCCAAAGAGAACAAUUCCCCUCCCUCCCUCUCUCUCUCUCUCUCUCUCUCUCUCUCCCUCUCCUCUUCUGUGUUUGUCCCUACUCGCCUGCGGAAUAUUCACAUUUGUUUAAUCUAUUGACGCCAUUUCGGAACCAGCGAAAUGGUCACCUGCGAUUGUCCUCCCGCGGGAAGAACAGAAGUCAAAAACCAACAUAUUCUCUCUCUCUCUCUCUCUCUCUCUCUCUCUCUAGCUCGCUCGAAUGACGAACCGGCACGUCCGAAUUCCAAUACAUACCUAGGAUUUGUAGCAAUCUCCCCCUACGUUCUCUCUGCCAUCCGCUUCUCUUCCCCUUAUGCGCCUUGAAUUGGGUGACGGGCCGUUUUCCUGGGAGGGGGCGGGUAUCCUCCAAAGCUUCUUCACCGAUGGUAAUCCUCGGUCUCCUCAUCCUCCUCCUGAUUUUCGAUCCAUACGUUCACGAAUUUCCCUCCUCUUUGUGAAUCCGAUCCUUGUUCUGCUAAUGAACUGCUCGGGUUCCCGCUGGAUUUCCCCGCUCGACCUUCACCAUCUCAAACCUUUUUACUUCCUUCCGGCCCAUCUUACCGAGUUUUCUCGCUCGGAUUAUUCGCAGGUAAUCUUUCUAUGAUUCCACGAAUCCGGACUUCUCAUAUUUCUCUUCCCAAGCAGUGUCUUCACCAUUAGCUCUCGCCCAUCAUGUCAGUCGACCACGGGCGAUUCUUCUACCUGCCGGCUGCUCACACGGCGGGAUUUCCCGUUAGGCUGAGUCUCCUUUCCAAACUUGGUUUGCUUUUCCUCGUAAACAAGAUCUCAUCCUGUUUCUGCACUCAAGUAUGAUUCACUACACGGACUCCACUCGCUUUGUUCAUAUUUUCAGGUGAAUUCGUUACUCCAAAUAUAAUUCACCGGAGAAAAAAUAGAGAAUUUCGCGAAGAGCACCAUGAACUUAUCCCUGAUUUUUUUUUGGGAGGUGUUGGUCAGGUUGAAUUAUUUUUUUCUUAUCUGUUCUAUGGGAUCUUUGCUGGUGAAUUCAUCUCUCCGAAUAUGAUCCACCGGAGAACAAACAAUGUAUCCUACGAAGAACACCUUGACCUUUCUGCGACACCCCUCGCUCCUGGAUUCCACGAAGAACACUAUUUUGGGAGCUUGUGGUCGAUUAAUUUUCUAUUUUAUCUGUUACACUAGAUCUUCGAUGGCAAGAAUUUCGUUGGGAAGAAACACUUUUGUCCCCUAUUUUUCUCUCUGCCUCUUCUUAUUCUUCUAUUUCUUUGUUUGAAAUACGGUUCAUCAGAUAGAUCACCAGCACCACCACUCCAAGGUCGGCUUACCCACCGUAGAAAACGCAGAAUUUAAUGAAGAACAGCCCAGCUCUCGCUGGGAUUAUCUGUGGCGAUUAUUUUUUCUCUUAUCUGUUGUUCUACGAGAUAAAUAUGAAACCAGUUUAAGGCUUUGAGCAACCUUCUCCCUUGCAGGUUUCCAUUCACAGGAAUCACGCCAUAAACUGGAAGUUAUGCUUCUUAAGCGCUUACUCUUUUAUUAUGCUGGCCUGCAUUAUUGUCGUUAUCAGGUGCAGCUUCAACUCUGGCGACCGAAACGUGGUUAGUCCCCUCUCUUAAUUUAAUGUGGGUUUUAAUGGAUUGUUAGUUUUUUCUUCUCUAAUAUUUCGAUUCAUUAAUGUAAUUUAGUUUUCUGCUCUUUACCUGUGUAAACUCUUAUAAGGCAUUCAUGUUAUUAUAGGGUUCUACGGAUAAUACGCAAUAUACCCCAAGAGUCGAAGAAAUUAAUUCUACGCAGAGAAUCGAAUCCAGUAUAUGCAAGGUUUUUAUUUAUUUAUGGGUCUGCUAAAAAUAUUUUAUUUCCAUAACACCUUCUUUAUUUCAUUUAAUACCGCGAAAAAUUGGCGUAUCUGAUUAUUAUAAUAAUUAUUUUUUGACGCUCUUAUAGUUACAGAAGCCUCUAGGAAGCGAGACACUGCCCAGAGGAAUAAUUAAGGCAACAUCCGACUUGGAAAUGAGGUCAUUAUUUGGGGCUCCGAGAAGAAAGGUUUGUUUGUCUUACGAUUUAGCUUACGAUUUGGAUUUUAAUCACGGCGAUGAAGAACAUAAGGAACGAUGAAAUUUCGAUGGGUACCUCAUGAUCUUUACGAUUGUUUGUCUCAUCAUUUAAUAUUUUACGAAAUCAGAUAAGUUCGAAGAACUUACUGGCCAUCGCUGUGGGCAUCAAGCAGAAGGAAAUCGUCGAUCAAAUCGUUACAAAGGUAAAUAAAAAAUUACAAACUCUUUAACCUAAUUUUUAUAAAUUAUUGUGGUUUCAAAAGGAAAAAAAAAAGAGUUAAAUUUAUUUUUCAUCACUUGGGCAGUUCUUUUCCAGCGACUUUCAUGUGAUGCUCUUCCACUAUGACCGUGCUGUGGACGAAUGGAGAGGCUUUCCUUGGUGUGACAAAGCUAUUCAUGUCUAUGCAGUCAAUCAGACAAAAUGGUAUCAUCAAAUCACGAAGAAUCUUUUAAUUUUAUUUUCCUCGAUUAAUCCCCAUUUUUCUCUUCCCAGGUGGUUUGCCAAACGAUUCUUACAUCCAGACAUAGUUUCCGAAUAUAGUUAUAUUUUUCUGUGGGAUGAAGAUCUCGGGGUCGAAAAUUUCCACCCUGGACGGUGCGGCCGGCAACUUAUCGGGCCAUACCAAUUUUGGCAUUCAUAAAAUAUUUUAUUCAUUGUGGAGUUAUCGUUAACAGGUAUUUAGAGAUCGUCAGGGAGGAAGGACUGGAGAUAUCUCAACCAGCCUUGAAAACCGGACGUGGGUCUAGCGUUCAUCAUUCUAUCACUGCCCGACAGCGGAGAAAUAAAGUCCACAGGUUUUAAUUAAUUAAUUUUUUUAAUUGGAGACGAGGCAAAAAAAUAUAGACCUAAAAAAUUAAUUUCUCAUUUUCCAUGGCAGGAGAUUCUAUAAACUAACUGGUGGUAAGGGAUGUCUUGAGAACUCCACUGGUCCUCCUUGCACAGGGUAAGACAAGGUUUCUUCUGUUUUCUUGCACCCAAUUUGGCCAGUUGACCAGGAAGAUCGUUGACUUGGGGCCUCGUCUAUUUGUGGAAAUGGUCCAAGAAAUUAGGAUUAUGUAAAUUUAUUAUAUAAUAUAUCACCAAAGAUUUCCCGUCAUAGUCUCAAUUAUGUUUCCCCUUCCGUUGGAAGGAAUGUAUCUGAAUUAAAUGCUCAAUGUGGAAUACCAUGGUCCAAUUGGCUUUUCGUGGUUUGAUUUAUUUUAUUACGAGCAUAAAUCUCCAUUAUAUUUUUCUUAAUAUUUUCUUUGUGGAAUUUCCAUUUUUUAUUUUUUUUCUUCCAGGUGGGUAGAAAUGAUGGCUCCUGUUUUCACGAGUGCGGCCUGGCGUUGCGCAUGGCAUAUGAUUCAGGUAUUCGAUCUCUCUCUACCACCCCGAUUCGUACAUCGAUCAGACUUAUUUUCCGGGCUUUUCUCCAGGCCCGGCUCCCGCCCCGGGCGUGACGAAAAGCCCGGAAAAUGGUAUCGGGCUGAACCCAUCUGAAGUCCCGGCCCAGGCCGACUGAUUCUGAUCCAGCUCUCCGGGCUUCUAGAACAAAUUCUAUAACACCCGAGACCGACCCAGGCAGGGCGUUGACCGGGCUGUACCUUUUCCUUUAUUAGAUUACGAGGCCCGACACAGGGAAUAUUCAAGGUCGGCUCCGGACUUCCCGGGCCUGAUGACACUCCCAUGGGUUUAUGCUUUGAACAGGAUAUGGAGGCUCUCUAAAUGAUUUCCUCUCUUCCAUUCAGAACGAUCUGAUUUAUGCGUGGGGCCUUGACUACAGACUCGGCUACUGCGCUCAGGUAACCAACCCUCCAGUUGUUGUAAGCUCAGAAAAAUCUGAUCUUGAAAUCGCCCAGAAACUGAUUAUUGAGAGAGAGAAAGAGAGAGAUUCCAUGUUGAAGUUGCCCGGAGACUGACUCUCUAUCUUGCCACAGGGAGAUAGAACCAGGAAGAUUGGGGUGGUGGAUGCGGAGUACGUUGUUCACAAGGGUCUCCCCACUCUCGGGGGCCUUGAUCCCGGCAAGGUUUGACGUUUAAUGCUCUCACCAAGACCUUCUCUAUCAUCUCCAUGAUCUCAAAGUUUCUGUCUCAUCUUGCAGGGCGCGUCUGAGCCAUCUUCUCCCAACCGCGAUAGAUUAAACGUAAGUACGGUUUAUUCCGUUCAACUAUCACCAAGUAGGGUUAAACGGAGUAAACCGUAAGCUAUCCGAGCGAGCGAGAGAGAGAGAGAGAGAGAGAGAGAGAGAGAACCGCUGACAGGCCCAGCCAAACUCUUCUGCAUGGAACUGUGGUUAACCCGCCAAAACAUUUUCUUCGAUUCAACAGGUCAGGCUGCGGUCCUACGCCGAACUGGAGAUCUUUAAGAAGAGAUGGAGAGCCGCCGAGGAGGAGGACCAGUGCUGGACGGACCCUUACCCAGCAUAA